UCUCCUUUCAAUUCAUUGAGGCAAUUUAAUUCUCCCUCUCAUAUAACACUCUUCUGUUCUUGGCCCAUCCCUUUUCUUCCUUUUUCAUUCUCUCUCCUUUUUCCUUCCCACCAUUGUUUCCAAGGGCUCCGAUUUCGAAGCCUCGAAUCUCCCCAUUCUUCCUCCUUUUUCCGAUCUCUUUGUCUUUCUAAUACUUUCUUCUUUUCGCCUAAAGAUCUCUGUAUUUUCCCUUAAUUUUUCGCGACUUUGCUUUUUCGCUACGAGCUUCGUUCGAGCUCUUGUGUAGCUGAAUCUCGAUUCGAAAAUUUCAGAAGUUGUUCAUUUCUCGAUCAACCUUUGAUUUGUGUUUAUGCAGGGAAGGAGUUUUUACCAAGGGAUUUUUGGAUUUCUCGUUUUGUUUGUCUAGGGUUUGUUGAUUUUAUUGUGCAUGUUGUUACGUCGUUUCGUAACGAGGGAUUGAUAAUUUUUUGGAAUGGAUACGGAUUCUAUUGCGGAUUUGGUAUCUCUUGAUGCUGAGCUUUUGCAACUACCUGAAGUUUCGCCUUUAGCUCUCAAGUCGUAUCCUUAUCUCGCUCAAGACCUCUUUGAACAGUGGCUUUCGCUCUCCGAAACCAGUCGUUUGGUGAAAUCACUAGUCAAUGAUGCAAAAGCUGGGAAUCCUUUAAAUAUAGCUGGGAAUGCUUCUAGUACAAGCGCUGCUGCUAGCAACUCAAUACCAUCCAUGUUUCCUGCUGGGAGUGCACCUCCUCUUUCACCAAGAAGCUCAUCAGGUUCCCCGCGUGUUAUGAAACAAAGGGCUGCUCCUUCUUCUCUAGGAAGUCCUCUUAAAGUACUGAGCGAGCCGGUGAAAGAGCUGAUACCUCAGUUCUAUUUCCAGAAUGGCCGUCCAGCACCAAAAGAACUAAAGGAGAGAUGUUUGUUUAGAAUAAACCAGGUCUUUUAUGGUCAUACAGAGGGUCUGUCCAUGAAUGAGUUCAAAGCUGUUACAAAAGAAAUUUGUAAGCUGCCAUCCUUCUUCUCCACUGUUCUUUUCCAAAAGAUCGAUGUUAAUGGCACUGGAUUUAUCACCAGGGAUGCAUUUGUUGAUUAUUGGGUCAAUGGAAACAUGUUGACCAUGGACAUAUAUACCCAAAUCUAUACUAUUAUGAAGCAACAAGAGCACAAAUUUUUGACACAGGAUGACUUUAAGCCUGUUCUUCGAGAACUGUUGGCAACUCAUCCAGGAUUGGAAUUCCUGCAGAGCACGCCAGAGUUCCAGGAGAGAUAUGCUGAAACUGUAAUAUACAGAAUUUUUUAUUACAUUAAUAGAGCUGGAAACGGUCAACUAACCCUUAAGGAGCUUAAGCGUGGAAAUUUAGUCACUGCUAUGCAACAAGCUGAUGAAGAAGAGGACAUCAAUAAAGUUCUGAGGUAUUUCUCUUACGAGCACUUCUAUGUGAUCUACUGUAAGUUUUGGGAGUUGGACACAGACCAUGAUUUCUUGAUUGAUAGAGAGAACCUUAUUAGAUAUGGUAACCAUGCACUUACCUAUAGAAUUGUUGAUCGAAUUUUUUCCCAGGUUCCAAGAAAGUUCACUAGUACCGUUGAAGGCAAGAUGGGAUAUGAAGAUUUUGUUUAUUUCAUACUUGCGGAGGAGGAUAAGUCAUCAGAACCAAGUCUUGAAUAUUGGUUUAAAUGCAUAGACUUGGAUGCAAAUGGAAUUAUCACUAGAAAUGAAAUGCAAUUCUUCUAUGAGGAGCAGUUGCAUCGAAUGGAGUGUAUGGCUCAAGAACCAGUGCUUUUUGAAGACAUACUCUGUCAGAUAAUUGAUAUGAUUGGGCCCGAGAAUGAGAGUUAUUUCACUAUUCGUGAUCUGAAAGGAAGUAAACUUUCAGCAAGUGUUUUUAAUAUACUUUUUAAUUUAAAUAAGUUUAUGGCCUUUGAAACUCGCGAUCCAUUCCUUAUUCGUCAGGAGAGGGAGAACCCUACCUUGACAGAGUGGGAUCGCUUUGCGCAUAGAGAGUAUAUUAGACUUUCCAUGGAAGAAGAUGUUGAAGAUGCUUCUAAUGGAAGUGCAGAAGUUUGGGAUGAAUCUCUUGAGGCUCCCUUUUGAGUUAGAUAUGUUGCUUCACAACAAGAUGCAAGUUUUUUCAUAAAGCAGGCCAUCGGAUGGGAACAUGGUCAAGUCAGCUGAAUUGGCCUAGCUGAAGCCACAUCUUCAUCAGACACAGAAUGCCUAAGCUGGGCUGGUUGAUGUAUACCUUAAAAUUAUGGGUCGUCUUGAAGAUUUUUUUUUAUCUGAUAACAAGCGGUGGUUGUUUGUCGUCUCCACAUCGGAUUCGGUAGACCUCCUUAGAGAAGAGGAGCGUUCAUCUGCUGACAGGUGAUAUUUUUAGUAAAAAGCAGGAAAUGAUGGUAGUUUUAGAACAUUUGGCAAUUCUUUUGGGUCUCCGCUGUAAGAUGUCGCUUGGUCGUCUUGUUUUUUUUCCUUUCCUUCUUUCCCAUCUAUUCUUUCAAUUUAAAUAUUUUGCUUCUGUACUAGUGUUGUUUUAAGGAGGCUAAUUAUAUGUAUUAAAAAAGUCCAUUUAUCAAAUUUAUCUCCUUUUAAGAUUUUGAGCUA